AUGUAUCAUCGAAUGUAUUUACGCCGAUGUUCAAUGUCUAGUAUAAGUGAAGAAUCAGAAACGGGUGAUGAUGAUCAUCUCGACGAUGAAUUUGCUGUAUGCAAUGAUGAUAAUAAUAAUAACAAUAAUAAUAAUAAUGAACAAGAAAAUCGUUCUUCAACAAGUUUAUCAGUUGAAAAUUGUCUUGGUGAUUUGAAUAGCUUUAAAAAAGAAAUUCGAGAAGCUUAUGAAGAAUUAUCCACAUUAGAACGACAAGCUCGAAUUAAAACAUCAACAUCAUCGACAAUUUCAAAUAUUCAAAAAGGAGAUGAUCUUGACAUAUUACUUGAACAACUUCAUACACUUGAACAACGAUUAGAUCAAACUAAAAUGUUUCCUAAUGAAUCGCUACAUCGUAAUAAAAAACCACUUUCACCCACUAUCGUUGCACAAUUUGAUGAACUUGACCAAGCAUUAGCUACGCUAACUAAUACUUUGAAUAGUGUCGAAAUUGAAUUAGGCGAUUCAGGAAAUAGUUCAUCAUCGUCAGCAGUAAGUGAUUCAACAACGAUUCAUCAUCAUCAAAGACAGAAUGAACAAGAUAAUAAAAAUCCUGAUAUUGAAGGUGAUGAACAUUUUUCCGAUAGCGGUUUGUCUCAAUCGACAGAUUCAAUCAGUUUACCAUUUAAACAAAGAUCACAAUUACGAACAAAUAGUCAAAUAUCAAAUGCUUCAAGUGUUGUUUCAUGUGAUACAUUGAAAAAUUUUUCUGGCGAAAAUAAGAUUCUUGUCGCAUUGGAAAAAAUGCAAGAAGCGAAUAUUAAAAAAAUGUUUGUCAAAAUUUAUAACGAUGAUAAAUCAACAAAAAAUAUUCUCAUCAAUGAAACAAUGUUAAUAUUUGAUAUAAUUGUAUUACUUCUACAUAAAUAUCAUUUAAAUCCAACAUAUAAUUAUUCCAUUGUUGAAGAUUUACCGGAUUUACAUAUAUAUCGUAUAUUUGAAGAUCAUCAAAAUUUAAUUAAUGAUGGCUUAGUUUAUUGGUCACGCGAUACAAAUAAUCGUAUAUGUUUUCAACAACAUGAUAUUAAAUAUUCAAUGUUCAAUGAAGCAAAGAAAUUUUUUUCUUUACAAGAAAAACUAUCCGAUGAUAUCUUAACUAAUUAUAUAUCAUCGAAUAGUAUCUAUCUACCUGACAAUAUAACGAGUAUACUUCAUAUUAAAGAUAAAAAUCGAAAAAUUUGGAAAAAAUAUUCAUGUGUGUUACGUCAAUCAGGCAUAUAUCGCAUGCCUAAAACUGUAUCACCAAAGCGUAAUCUUAUAUGUUUGUUAAAAUUUGAUUCAAAUAUGCAAUUAUAUCUUGCUAAAGAUUGGGUUGAAACCUUACAUUCACCGACUCAAUACGGUUUCGCACUUAAAUAUGCACAUAUACAAAAGAAAUCUAAUAAAUAUAUUCAUUAUUUAUGUGCAAGUACAUCUGACGAAUAUCAACGAUGGAUAAAUGGUAUUCGAAUAAUACAACAUGGAAUACAUUUAUAUAAAAGUUAUGAAAAAAUGAAAAAAAUCAUCGAUAAUGAAAUUGGAAAUCUUUCGAAAAUAUUACCUAAUCAACAUAAUUUUAAUUUUAUACAAUCAAAUGCAUCAUCAUCCAUGAUGACAGAAUCAAUGUCAACUAUUUCAUUACCAAUAAGAGGCAUGAAUUCAGAUGUAAAGAGGUCACUGAAUAAUCUUGAAAAUAGAUCCAUGGAAAAGAUUUUUAGUUCGUUAGAUCGUCUCAAAAUAUCAAAAAAACAUUUUAUGCGUUCAUCAUCAUUUCAUGAUAGUUUACGUCGCUCAAAUAAAAGCGAACAAAACCUUAUGCGAACAUGUUCAAUAUCACCGCCAAAUUUAUCAACGAUGAAAGCUAAUGAUUGUGAUCUCAAACGUUCAAAAUCAACAAAAGAAAUGACAUCAAAGUCAGCACAAACAUCUCGUUCGAAAUCGACGAAUAAAAAAGAUCAUCAUGAAACUACUAGGAGUUCAUCAACAUCAUCGAUUAUUCCUUUCAUUCAUCAAUGUAUACAACCCGAAAAAACAAUGGAUGACGAUAAACCACCGUUGCCACCGCCUAAACGGCCACCCCCUCCUGUUCCUAGAAAAAACUCAUCGCUUAACACGUCAAAAGCAACGCCAUCAGCAACAACUGUCGAUAAUCAUAUCUAUGAUUCAUUUCAAGAUAGUCCGUCGUUAACAAAUAAUUGUCGACGAAUAUGUUCAUAUACAAAAACCGAUGAUAUUGAAAAUUCAAUAGUAUCUAAACCGCUUUUACCUCCUAUGAGAGUAACAGAUUUAUAA